AAAGGAAAGGAGGGUGUGGGUGAAGCCUAUGAGGUUCCAAACGCGCUUAAACUAUUCAGAUCUUUUUUUGCUCUAGCAUAGCAAGCAUGGCUAAGCAUAGUAAGUCAAAGCGUUCUCGUAAGUCGAGUUCAAGUUCGAGUUCCGACUCUGACUCAUCUUCGAGUUCCGCAUCAUCAUCUAAAUCUUUCUCAAGCACCUUUUCAGACAUUAUUAAAUUAAAGUCGAAAAGAUUUGAAGUUAGCAAACGUAAGUCGUCGGUCCUCGCCAAUUGGAUUGUGAAGGGCUUAGGUGAGAAGAACCUUAAGGCGGCUAGAGAGGCGUACAGACCUGACGUCAAGCGUGACAAAAAGGCUAGUGUCAGUGCCUCUGAACUGUUCACGAACCCGAAAUUGGACGAGACUUUUUACGCGGCCCUUAAAUCUACAAAGAAUUCGAAUGCAUCGAUGCCCAACAUUGAUCAGCUGGAAAAAGUGUACCGAAAGCAGACGGACGUCGUCCUGGACAUGGCCAAACCUCUUCUUUUUCUUCUUGAGAGGAAAAGUAAGAGAAGCGACAAGGACACCAAAGCAUUAAAGACGCUGUCACUACUCUGGGCCCAUCUUUUUCGUGAGAUUACCCACUCCAGACGUCUCAACAUCCUCUCCCAGACUCACCCAAACCACAUCGGCCUACUUUCCCGUGCAGCAGAGAAACUCCCUGUUGGCGGCGAGGACCUUUUUGGAACAGAGUUCGUGAACGAACUCAUCUCCCAAGUCAAAACUGCUUCUUUGAUGAAUAGUUCUGCAGCGGGGCCAUCAGCUACUUCAACACCUGGGAAACGUAAACGUUCACCUCCCCCUUUACAAGACUCUCGCAAGGAUAAGAGUAACUACAGCUUCGACCGUGGAUACAAUAACGGUUACCGCGGCCGGAAGAAGGGACGAGACAACAACAACAAUUCAGGCAACUUCAAUAACAACGACUCAAGUUUCAACAAGAAGUGAUCAUGUUUACCUUCGUCGUUGUACCUCCUCCGUGUGGCUUUAUAUUCCCGUGCUUCUAAAAUCUGAAUAGUUUAAGCGCGUUUGGAACCUCAUAGGCUUCACCCACACCCUCCUUUCCUUUCUUUAGUAUGGCACUGUUGCCAUACUUCAAGUCAGGCUUGCUAUAAAUAUGCUGAAUAUAAAUGGUCACACACA